CAGGCCACGACAGCACAGCUCGGCAGUCUCACCCUGAGGGAGCUCCUGCAUCAUCACCACCACCAUUCUCGCGACAACAUACCCACCGUCUUCUUGGCAGGACAAGACUUGACCACGGUACAAUAUCCGCGCACCACGGUCCGAGCUUUGCAUUUCACGGAAACGACCAAGUCGGAGAGCUGGCCCCCAUUCACCACCUCCGGCGCCUCGGCGCAUCCUGCUAGCUCUCACGCCAGAGACGCUCGCCUCUGAGCCUGCCCCUACCGCAUCCAUCAGUUGCGCGACCGACGACACGAUGCGAUACUACAAGCUCAUACCUUUCAUAGCCGCUGCGGCCGGCGCCGCGGAGGAGCCGUCAACAACCACACACGCUCCGGCUUGCACCGCCACGUCAUCGUCCGGCAGCGGCGCAUUCUUCGACCUGCGGCCAGAUAUGGCGGUACACCCGGACAAGGGCAAACCACACAAGGGCGCCGUCACCAAGGACUACCACGCCAAGGGCUACGACUAUGGAAAGAACUUUACGCUCAACAUCUGCGGCCCCGUCGUGGACCCGGUAACAGAUGUGAUCGGCCUCAAGAAGGAACAGUGGGCCAACGUGAGCGCCUAUUAUAUGUCUCACGGCAACGUCUACUCGAUAGGCUCCUCAUCGAUGGAGCUCACAAGCCGGGGGAGCAAGCUCUUCUUGCAGUACACCGGGGGCUCACCUUGCAGCGCAAAAUCCAAAAAGGCCGGCCGGGCCGCGGCCAAAAGCAGAGGCGGGAGUUCCAAAACCCAACCUCACGAAAUCGAAACGGUGGACAAGAGUGACGAAAAGGCGCCAGUGCAGCAAAAGUCGGCCACCAUCUCCUUUCACUGCGAUCUGAACCCAGGCAACGCGCAGGCAGCGAUCUCCUUUGUGAAUACCCCCGACGAUUGCGCGUACUUUUUCGAAGCUCGGUCGGUUCACGCUUGUGGCCAUGCCGAACCACAUAAGCCAGGCAGCGUUGGCCCCGGCAGUGUUUUCGGCAUCAUCCUCCUCGUCGCGGUGCUUGUGUAUGCAUUGGGGGGCGUUUUCUACAAUCGCACAGUCACACAUGCCCGCGGGUGGCGCCAACUCCCCAACUACAGCCUCUGGGCGGGCAUUUGGAACUUUAUCACCGACAUGUUUAUUAUUUUGUGUUCCUCGUGCACGCGGUGUCUGCCUGGCCGAAGAGGUUACAGCGCCUUGAACUCAAACGCGCACAGCCGCAACAGGAACUCCGACGCCGAGAACAGGCUUAUUGACCAACUCGACGAGGAAUGGGACGACUAGCGUGGAGAUGACCCUUUUUUCUUUCGUGUACUUACCAGGCGAAUAUUGUUUUAUGUAGGUAGCAUAUCCAUGGCGUUGCGGGACGGGAAAGGCGAAGCUGCUGCUUCAAACGAAGAACGAUUUAACUUUGCAUCUGAUGUUGAUGUAGACAGACACUUGUCACUAUGUCACGGGCCGGCCGGGCCGUUUACCCUUUACGACUGCGCUGGACUACGGAUCCUCAAGGGGGCUUGUGGUCCCGGAUUCGAUGAUUUGCAUUUGAAUGUUGUUUGCCAACAGUGACAACGGCCCGUACCCAUGUCAUCCCGCUUCGCGCUUUCUUCUCGGGCUGCAACAAGGGGC